CUGCUACAUUUGUGGGAAACUACAGACAAAGUUUACACGUCACUUAAAAACUCACGAGAAAACACAUGCAGAUGUUGCUCAAGUUUUAAGUCUUCCCAAGAGGUCCAAACAACGUAUGAAAAUGCUUAUAAAGCUUCGCAACAAGGGAAACCACAAGCAUAACUCAGAGGUCUUGGCGAGUGGAGUUGGAUCACUAAAACUAAGACGCACAUCAAAGAAAAAGUACAAUGCAAAAGAUUACAUUCACUGCAUGUACUGCCAGGCAUUAUAUCUGCGACGAGAUCUUUGGCGACAUGUUCGAAAAUGUUCUUCAAAAGCAGUAGAAGCCACUUCAGAGAUUGGAAGAAAAAAAGUUUUGUCUUUGGCCUCUAUGAAUGAGUCAGCUUUGUGUCAGCAGAUAUCACCAGGUGUUUGGAGCGUGUUAGCUGUUAUGAAAGAUGAUGAAAUAACUUCUACUGUGCGAAGUGACUUCUCUAUUCUUCAGCUGGCCCAAUCAUUCUUUAACAAAUAUGGACAGGAUCCCACCAAAUAUGACUACAUUCGCCAGAGACUCAGAGAAUCUGGAAGACUCCUGCUCACGCUUCGCAAGGAAUUCUCAAUACAUAGUCUUGAGGAUGCUGUGAGACCUGAAAAUUUUGAUGUGGUUAUCAAAGCGGUCAAGAAAGUAUCCGGGUAUGAUGAAGAAAAGCACUGCUACCGUACUCCAAGCCUUGCUCUAAAGUUAGGUCACUCACUACAGAAAGUCAGUGAUAUUUUACAUUGCAGAGCACUCAUGGCACAAGACAGUACGCUGAUAAAGUCAACCCAGAGUUUCAAAACUCUCUAUGCUACAAAGUGGUCUGAACUCAUCUCUCACACCGCUUUAACUACGUUGAAUGAGCAGCAGUUUAACAAGCCCUCCACUCUUCCUUUCACCGAAGAUGUUCAGCGUCUUCACAGACAUCUGGAGAAGACUACAGAACAAGCAUUGAAGGACUUGGAAGACAAUAGUUCACCAAAAUCAUAUAGUGAACUGUGUAAAGCCACCAUGGCAAAUAUAAUACUUUUUAACAGAAGAAGAGGGGGAGAAAUUUCAAAGAUGACAAUGAAUGGCUUUCUGGAAAGAGACACAAGUCCCCUGCAUAAGGACGUCGCAUUUGGACUGACAGAAUUUGAACUUCGCCUUUGUCAACACUUCAGUCGUGUUGAAUUAAGGGGUAAAAGAGGCCGGAAGGUUGCAGUGUUACUCUCGCCAGACAUGGUGAAUGCCAUAACACGCCUAAUAGAAAAAAGAAAAGACUGUGGUGUUCUGGCAGAAAACCUGUUCCUGUUUGCCAGACCUCAUUGUCUGACUCCCUACAGAGGACAGGACUGUUUGAGGUUUUAUGCCAGUGAAUGUGGGGCUGAAAACCCUGAGCUCCUCAGGUCAAUGCAAUUACGCAAACAUGUUGCAACUUUGUCUCAGAUCUUGAACCUCAAGAAUCACGAGUUGGACCAAGUUGCUAACUUCCUUGGCCACGAUAUUCGCGUUCAUCGUGAAUAUUACAGACUUCCUGAGGCUACUACCCAGCUGGCCAAGAUAUCCAAACUGCUGCUUGCCAUGGAGAAAGGAUCUCUCAGAAGCCUUCAAGGCAAAACACUUGACGAGAAUGAAAUCGAAGACAACCUACAGUUGACCGAUUCAGAUGCUGAGAGUGAGGUCGAUGCUGAGAGUGAGGUAGAUGAAGCAAAUCUCACACAUCCACAGACCGGUUCUGCAGGACCAUUGAUGGCUAGGCAACCUGUCGAGGAACCUCCAUUAUCCAUUAUCACCAUUAUCACAAGCACAAAGUAAACACACAGAUGCUAAGGAGAAAGAACCCAACACAAAACUAAAGAAGGACAAAGAGCCCAGCAGAAAAAAGAACACAAAUAAACAUUCUGUAUCUCUGGAAAGUGCUAGAAGAGCAAAAAAGAAUCCAUGGUCUCCCAUGGAGGUUGUCGCAGUCAUAUUGUUUUAAUGUUUGUCAAUGUGUUGUCUUUUACUACUAUUGUAUAUUCAUGACGUUUUCUGUUGUUUGUCCUUCUGCCUAGGGACUACAGAUGCAAAUUAGCAAACAUGCUAUAA